AUGCCUACUGAGUUCACAAUUGAUCAACGUUUCGAUCAAUUGGUCAAGAAAGUUCCUGUGGUGGACACCCAUAACGAUUUCCCUUACUCAUUGAGAGUACAAUUACAUAACGAAUUACGUUGUGACGAUAGAUUCAAAUUCGAUUCACUUCUUACUUCCCACACUGAUUUGGUUCGUAUGAAAGAAGGUGGGAUUGGUGUACAAUUUUUCAGUGUCUAUAUCGAGUGUAAGGAUCCUGAUUACUUAUACGAAGAUUUCAAUAAAGCCAAUAGUGCUGUGAGAGAUACUUUAGAACAAAUAGAUGUUACUAAAAGAUUAGUGGAUGAAUAUUCCAAAGAGCUUAAGUUUGUUCGUACUGCUGAUGAAGCAUUGAAUAACUUCCUAACCACUGGAGGUAAGCAAAUAUCCAUUACUUUGGGAGUGGAAGGGUUACAUCAAUGCGACCUCUCGUUGGCUGUAGUUAGACAAUACUACGAUUUAGGGGUCAGAUAUAUCACUUUAACUCAUAAUUGUGAUAAUCCUUUUGCAACAGCUGCUUCCUCAAUCAGUGCUGGUAAACCAGAUCAUGGUUUGACGGAAUAUGGUGUAGAUUGUAUCGAAGAGAUGAAUCGUAUUGGGAUGAUUGUGGAUUUGAGUCAUGUGUCCUAUAAAACCAUGGUCGAUACUCUUGAACAUACUAAAGCUCCGGUCAUCUUCAGUCAUAGUUCAGUGUAUAAUUUGACUAAUCAUGAAAGAAAUGUCAGAGAUGAUGUUUUCUUGAAGUUGAAGGAAAAUGGUGGGGUUUGUUGCAUCAAUUUCUUCCCAUCAUUCAUUAAAUCCGGUGCAAGUGAUGGUUUUGUUGGUUCUGAUAACCCAGAUGUUCCAGAAGCUACUAUUGAUGAUGCUGUCAACCAUAUCAAAUACAUCAUCGACCUUAUUGGUUGGGAUCAUGUUGGUCUUGGUUCUGACUUUGAUGGAAUUCCUUGUGGACCAAAAGGUUUGGAAGAUGUUUCAAAAUACCCCGAUUUAGUCAAGAAGGUUUGGGAAGUUACUGAUGCUAAUGAAGAACAAAUCUCCAAGUUAAUGGGAUUGAAUGUCUUAAGAGUUUGGAAGGAAUGUGAAAGAGUCCUGGAAUCUAUGAAGAACAAAUUACCUAUCGAAACCAAUUGGAAGGAUAGGAUUUGGGAAUUCCACGAAUAUUGUAAAUUGUUCCCUGAACUUUACCCUGGUGCUUUUGAUGUUAAGAAGAACGUUUAUAAUAGUAACCAAUUAUUAGAUAAUAAUAAAAAAUGA